AAAGCCUCAAGACCUCAGCAUACACUGAUUUUAUAGAAUUUAGAUUUUCACUUUUCUCUUUCCUUGCUUCCUCGGGCAGCAACUAAACCCCAAAUUCCUUUGUAUAUUAUGCAAGAUUCCCUAUUAAAUUCAAUUUGGAUGAAUCUAGACGUCUGCCUCGUUUAUGAGUCUAGAAUCGAUCACGUCUGCUUUGUGAUUUUGAUCCAUCCUACUAGUAGUACUUGUCACCGGUGAAGGUUUGUUGUACGUUAUCCCUUCGUCGUACUAGUUCGUUGUCGUCUGUCACGACGUGAAAAAGAGGACUUGUAGUCCCUUCUGAACAACUACAUCAUCUUCUUCAUACCUAGUAAAUAGAAGUGAAAGGAGGUUAAAUAAGAAAAGAUGUCGGACGACGAAGGUGGAGAGCCUCUCGGGGCACCGUUGGAGGAAGGCUAUACGAAAAAAGUCGGCCAGUAUCACGACGAUACUACAAAGUUUAGUGAUUCUGCCGUCAAUGAUUUUCUCUUAAGGCUCGCUUUUGAACAUGGUACUAUAUCUGCACUUCUCUAUCCUUUACCUACUAUCCUUCCUUUUUCUUUUCCUAGUUAGUUUGGCUCCACCCAUAUAUAUUCAAAAAGGUUGGGGCUUAGGUCCAGCGGCGCGCAAAGCACUAAAAUAAAACAGCCGGUUAGUUUGUACCUCUACAGGCUUAGCCCUUCAAACAAAUCAUUUAAUUGAUUAUGACCAGUAACAACUACACUGCUCAAAAGAAGACUCCACACUGUGAACAAUGUCAAUGUUCUUGUUGAUGGAUGAAAAAUAGGUGGAAAACGCAUGCGAUCCAUGCAGUAUCAUGAUUUACUUUACUAAAGUACAUUUUCUAAUGCCUGACAAUUUGGGCUGCAUUGAGAAAGUGACAUUGUGGAGUCGUGAUGGAGGUGGAACCAUUUAUGUUGGUGGGAUCCAGACCAAGUAUUCCAAACGCGAAAAUCCCAGUGCGAAGGCCAUGAUCGGUAACGAAGACGACAAAAACAAACAUGAAUUGAUUAAGGCUCUCCUAAUUGCAUAUCUUUGAAAGACUGCAUCCUCUAAAAGUAUGUUGAGGGGACAUACCAUAGUCGAUCGCAACGACGACCAUAGCACAAAACACACAGAGCGCAAAGACAUCCGGCGGGAUAGUACGCGCCGCCCGGAGCGCAUCAAUACAAACAAACAAGUGCUAGCUUCACUGCGAUCAUUAUAGAUACUGCUCAGGUCUCACGCAGUUGAGUUUGACAGAUGAAUUAUGGAAAUGGAUAGCUCUAAACUUGUUUUGGAGCCUGGUGAAUAUAUCACGCAAGUAAGUGGACGCUCUGGUGCUUGGCUAGACACGAUUACGAUCGUCACGAACCGAGGCAACACGAUGACGGCAGGAACAUCUGCUGGUGGCAACCCAUUUGUCUUUAAUUUAUGGCUGCUGCAGGUCUACGUAAUUUCUUUUAUUUUUUCGUAGCUCCGUCCCCGAGUUGUACACGUUGUUGUAAUGAACAACUAGAAGCACAAUUUCACUUUAUUCUAACGGGCGGUCAUGUGCAUAUUCACUUUCUACCUUCUCCUAAUAAUGUAAUGAAAUUCAUCACCCUCUAGCACAGGAACGAAUCAUGUGAAUGUGAAAAAUAUUCGAUCAACAAUCAUAUUCGUCUAACAAAUGCUGGCCCCAACAAAGCGAUCACGGGUUUUUAUGGCGGCUUCGGCAUGUUUUUGCAAAAUCUUGGCGUUCGGAUCCAGAAAUUGGAUGAGGGUGCGGAGUGCUGUGCCAGCACGUGCGAAGAGACAACGCAGCCCUUGUUCGAAACUGCACCGCAAGCUGAUGGUGAAGCAGAGGUGCUUGCGAAAAAAGCAGCAGCUGCAGGUGGCCCAAAGGGCGUGGCGUUGUACAUGAAGCAAUUCCUGUUCUACUUCAUGGUGGCGUCUACAGUCUAUGCACUUUCGACGAUGAUCGUCGCGAUCAUAGCCUACAACUCAUUGGCUGAGGCGACGGAUGAGGUGGUGGGAAUUUUGCGGAACUGGUCCUUGUCCCCGAUCCAGCAAGUGACAGUGGUGGCGAAAACAGUUAAGGCUUCCCCUAAUCCAUCCCUGUUUAGGGAUCCCUCAGAUAUAUGCGCCCCAAUACAAGGGAGAUACAACUGACGCCCGAUACAAUUGAGGGAUUUCCACAGGGAUGAAUAGGGGAGAGCCCUAAAGCAGAUGCCUGCCCAUCGGGUUACGAGGAAGCUGGGAACAGUUGGCAAAUUCGCACAGCCGAUAUUUCGGAACAACUAGGAGGCACAGGUUGGAGAGGAUACGAAGGUUUGAAUUCAGGUUGUGAGUGCUUUGAUGCGAGGCAGGUGUGUAAAACGACGAAAAAGAAGGAUCGCAACGGACGCACCUACACAGUUAGGGAAUGCGAAUGGAAAAACUGGCAUCACAAAAUCCAUCUUUUAAGGCACUGGAUGAGGAUGUUUCAGACUCAUAUUGAUUACUGGUUGAGGCUCUUCAUUCAAAGGACGCCAGAAUAUGUUAAGCAUCAUCAUGAGUAGUGGGGACGAGUAGUGUAGUCUUGUAAUUAAGGGUUUCCGCAUUACAUCCCUCACUACCAUCCUUGGCUCCUUUUCAAGGGGGAAAUAGGUAAAGGGUGUUCAUCUGAAGAAGGCAACUCGGCAACCUCUAACUUAACCUUCAUUAUUUGACUCCUUCUCAGGAUUCUGAGGACUUGAAGCCAAGAAGAAAUGAAACAUUUUGGGCUCUAAUUCCCGGUGGUUGCUCUUCAGAACAGGCUAAGCACGGGUGUAGAGGUGUCCCUAGAAAGCUUCCUCGGGUCUCUCUGCCUUUCUUCCGCGGCAAACGCGUGUGCGUGCAGCGUGGAGCGACUAUGCCAGCUCUAGAUCGUCCACUGCGUGAGGAAGGAAAGUGCCCGUCCGACUUGCCUCAUGACUGUCAAUUAAGGCUGAAAAGAACCUCCCGACACGUGAAUCCCGUGGAAAUACUGACGAGGUACGUAUCCCGUGAAAUAAAUGCUAAAGAGCAGGUAAUAUUAACCCGUGCCAGAGUUUCGGGCUGUACUGAGGCAAGUACUGGCUCGAGUAUUUAUUUCAAGGGAUUACUUCACGGGACAGGAGGUGGUUGGGGCUAGCUCUAAGGGAAGAAGGAAUGGCCGCGCGACCGCUAUGCGUCCUGACGGCUUCAGCAUGUCCUAUUUUUGGGGUUCAUAUGUUGGCGCCCAACGACGCAGUGCCAACCGGGUGGACGACCGUCACGGCAAGCAAUGGUCAAGUAGCUUACUUUGAUUAAGGCUCGUGAUGAUAACUACAGAACACGAUCAUGAACAAGGAACAUCGUGAUCGUGCGUUGUACAUUUGAAUCAAUCUAUCUAUGUAUAUGUUUCCUUCCUUGCUCCUUGCCUAACCCAACACUCAUAGCGCUGCGACAAUCGAUAUGACGCCCAAGCAGAAGCGGACACGAUGGCUUUUCAGUCAUUAGUAGUCAAUACUCAUACAUCAAGGGGAACAACGUUUAAUACUAUUUGAAUCAAUCUUCUCAGUCUCACGGAGCUGGGUGAGUCAGGUUUCCGGGAAGCGCAUUGCACAGGAACCAUAACCCAACCUUCGCUCACGGACGUAGUACGUCCCACAGCAAACAAUUUUACUUAUUAACAUGAUCAGGAGAUAGAAGGAAAGUAGAGAUGAUCAUCUACUUAAGUACUUCUCCGAGACAACUUGCUAUUUAGAUAUAUCAAAAAUUUAUCUUCAUAGUAACAAACCGAUUAGAGUGCUUCUAAUCUGAAGGCAAUUACAAAGUCGCAUACACCCGAACGUGGCAGAAGGCUCAGGAGUUUCGCGCUACGCUAGCAAACUCGAACGUGCUCCCUCAAUUCAACACUUGGAACAUGCCUACGCCCGUUGUCGAGUUGGGCCUGAGUCCUUGCUUCAGCAAUCCGCAUGUGCUAGGGACAGAACGAGCCUAUAUUUGUGAUAUGUCCGAGCACCGUUGGAUCGAAGCGGGAACGCCAGAUACUGCCAGAGAAAAGGCCCUUGGGCUUUACGAUGACGCUCUGAGUGGGACUCAAAUUAGGGCUUUAGACUUAUAACUAAAAAUCCUCCAUCGAUCUUGAUUUUCUGAGAUAUCAACGAACAUUCUUCGAGCGAGAGGCGUCCACCCAGGAAGGGGGAAAAGAAAUCCUUGCAGGAUGUUGUAUCUACUCAAUGAAUCCAUGGAGUGGAUUUACAUUUCGGCGAGCUACUAGAUGAUCUAAUUAAAUGGGCCGAUUCGACAGCAACAACGGCAUUUUGCACAAUGGGGCACGUAAACGCUGUAGUUCCAACGGCGGAUCUGGCACUUGUGUACAUUUUAAGCCUACCGAUUCGAACAAAUGGCGCAUGGCACAAAUGCCGGAGGUUCUGUGGAAGCAGAAAUGCGUCAACGAGGGACUGAGCCGCGCAAUGGUGAACAACCGACGAAACCCAGUCGAGGACUUAGUCACGUUUCAGUUGGUUCUCUUAAGGCUAUUUCUUUAGUACCGCAGUUCGUGCAUCCUUCACAGCAUGAUCGAUCAUGGUCCCUUUUUCUUUUCAAAUAGGAAACAAAAGGGGGCAAGAUGAAGGAUCAGGCACGACCCAGCAAGGAUGUCAUCAAUGCGGUAGCUUCAAGCCUAUCUAAUUCUGCUGAUCUUCUGUAUCCUCAACACUGUCGCGAAUUUGAUCCUGCUCUUCAUGUUCUACAGCAAUUUUUAUCGGGAUUUUGAUUGGUCCUGUUUUCCGGGAUCUGGGCACGAGGAGUAUCAAGCGAUGGAGAAGUUCCGAAAAUAUCUUGGACUAAUCUUGAAAAUCACGGUGCUGCCUUUCUGUGUCAUUGCCUACGUCAUCUCAGAUGAAGUUCGCCACUUCUUUUAUGGCAAGGCCAAGAACAUGUUGAGUUUAGAACUGCUGUAUCUUUAGUUUAAGUGAUCACCAGUCUCUGAGGACACCUCUCACUCUCAGGAUCAGGUGGUAAAAAUAUUGCAUCUUCCUCUGGUUCCUUAUGCUGUCGUGCAGAAAUACGAGCGAUGAUUAUAUACAAUUUAUAAGUAGGUUUGUUUUUUUGUUUCCUAGUUAGGUGUGCUCCACCGAUAAUAUAACAGUAGGUUCUUGUAGCAAGAUGACCUUGUCCAGCAAGGGCGGUUGAAUUCUAUUCAUCAACGAGCUUAAGAUUCAACAUUAGAGAGUCUCUAAUUCUUUCUAGACGUAAGCUCGCUUGGCUGUUCGGAUCCGAAAACGAACGCAACGGUAUCGAAACUGGCUGACGGCAUCCAGGAUGCGUUCGAAAACAACAAAGCCGCAAUGAUCAUGACAGGUGUUGUCUUCGCAAUCGAACUCGUCCUCAUCCUAGUAAGCUGGUGUCGUGGAGGCCUAUUCGGAGAAAAUGCGGAAGCGGAGAAAGAAAAAGAAGAUUAAGGAGGAAAUAGUUUUUUUUAUCCUUACUAUACUUCAAGCACGUGAGGACUUCAAGGACUACACAUGGUAGGGUUAGUAGUCAAGGACUAUUAAUAUAGAUGGUAGGGUUAGUAGUCAAGGACUAUUAUACAUGGUAGGGUUAGUAGUCAGGGACUAGUAUACAUGAUAGGGUUGGUAGUCUGUCAAGGACUAUACAUGGUAGGGUUAGUUGUAGAGGUUUUUCCUUCAUUGUAUUCUUGCUUCAAGAAGUAGAACCAGUGCUAGGGGUUAGCAGUUUAUAGUAAUUCAAUUGAUAUUUUAUCACCCAGACAGAAUCAGAAAAUGUCCUCAACAGACUCAGUGUUGUCGUCCUGUCUUGACGAACCUGUGUCACGUACGAGGUCCUGACUCAGAGUGCUAUCGUAAUCAACACUUCGUUCUGCAUCAUAAUUUAGGAAAUCCGUCACGCGCCGCGCGUGGAUAUCUUCUUCUCCAGAAGCAGAACAUUGUUUGUAUCUCCUCCACCUAUAUUAAUCAACUUAGGAGUCUUUCCAUGAUGAUAUAUAUCUUAAAUCUAAUGCAAAGCACUCAAGCCCGACACUCCAGAAGCACCAGAUCUUCCAGCGCCGCUAGGUCCUCCCUGUGACAUUAUUUCGGUUGUUGAUCUAUCAGACACAAUGCCUUUUUUCGGGAUGCAAAAGCAGAGGGCUGCUGAGAAAAGGGACCAAGACAGAAUAGACGGAGUCCCAGGGCAUGAAGAGUUCCCUGAGCCAGUCUCGUUCGAGGACAUCGCAGAGCCGAGGAAAACGCGCAUACUCGCAGUUCAAUUAAGGCUUCCGGGAAUCCAUCUUCAGAAGCAUCUCGGGGCACCCCUCCAAGGGAAAAACAGACCCAAGACGACUCUCAAGAUGGAUUCCCAUUUCCGGAAGAUCUAAUUCAAUUCUACGAGCAGCCAAUGGAUGGAACGAUGAAAUUUGGCGCGAAAAUUACCAAGAGAAUGGUAGGUCUGCAGGUCACGUUCGAGAACGAGCAAACCAGAGCGGACCAAGUACGUUUAAGGGUACAGACUAUCAAUAUUUUCUAUGUGGACUAUACAACUGAGUGAAAAAAUUCCUCCUAAUCUGAAGGGGAAAACAAACGUGGAAAAGAGCAACUCACUCGACUAGGAGUAGUGAAAAAAUACCUCUAAUACGUCCUCGGCAGUUUCCGAAGAAACUGGAGAAUCGCAUUAGGGAGGGAGUGAAUAUGGGCACUGCUCCCGCAGAGCUGGUCAGAACCCUAUCAGCGCCAGUAGAAGGAAAGUCGAUAACGCUUUUGCCUCACGAAUAUCUCUUAAGGCCGCUAACGAUGAUUGUGCACACCUUCAACUUGUUCGCAGAAGAUAAUCUUACUUCUCCGUUUUUCAUCCCGCAUCAUUGAGCUUGUUAAUAGAAGAUCACGUUGAUGAAGAUGAAUCGACAAUUUCUUUGACCUCCUCUUCUAACACUCGUUUCAGUAGAGGGCUGCUACGAUAAGGUAGAUGGUACGGUGUACGAAAUCACAGCAACGACGAACUUGGGGAACAGUGUGACGGCUGGUGCGAGGCCUUUGAACCACUUCUUGGAAACGAACAUCGACAACUUUGACAUGAAAGUUCGGACUUCUCAACAUCCGUACUUCUAGUUCUAGUUCUAGUUCUACGUGUAAUUAUUACUUAGUAGUUGUAGUCUAGAGUGUAGUUGUCUGGAUGAACGACUGUAAAGUAGGUACUAGUUUUCUAUCAACAGGAAGAUGAUGUUAAAUUUAUCCGUUCGUGAUGUCCAGUGCUAGUCGUGCUCCUGAGAUGAGCAUCUACUUUAGUAGGGAUCAUCCUCACUAUUUCUUAGCAGAGAACUUUCUUAACCACAACGGGAACGACAACGAAUACAUACCUCUCAUCUCUCUAUCGUCCAUCUCAUCUAACAUCGGCCGCCCGGAUAAGCCAGCCAUUGUCGGUUUUAUGACGCAGAUUAGCACCCUUUUUGGCAUCGUAGGGAUGGCCUUCCCCCUUGGCGCUAUGCCUGCCUUAGCGGCGCAGAUGGAGGCAUCGGGAGACACCGAGGGUGGCGAUGCCACGAUCAUCGUGCAACCCGGAUUGGGGACUGCAGCCAAUAUUGUUCCACAACCUGGAGGUAACAUCGUUCCACAACCUGGUAUGUCGCCUGAUGGCGCUAGCAUCGUUCCACAACCUGGUAGCUCUGCGGAUGGGGUGGAAAUGACGAUCGUUGCGCAGCCAGGAGCUACUUAGUAUUAACGAUGAGCAAUUCAAUUUACUACUGGAGGUGGGACCAACGCGUACCAACGAUCGGGCGAUGAAGUGUGAGGACCACCAUCGUGGGACAACCGGGAGUAUGAUUUUUCAUGUACGACGGACUAGUUGAAAAGUGAAUGCC